UGCACGCAGACUUCCUUUCUGCCUCAAUUCUUGCACGAGAUCGGCAAGAAACCACGUUUCGCUGAAAGCUCCUCAAUUAGCGGGCCUUUCAUUGGACGAACGUGCGUGGAACGACCCCAUUUGACGAUAUUUCUCGGAUCUGCGACCAGUAGUCGCGCGAUGGCUUCGACUAGCCUCCUACAGAGUUCGCUCGAGUCGCAGUGCCUAGUUUUCGCGCGCAGCGCCUUGCAAUGCGUCUGCUAAGAGCGCGGUUCGCGCGAGCCUCAGCGCUCUGAGGUUGCCACUUGGCGGUAGGAGAUUGGCCACGGAGGCACAGAAGAGGACUGUCGCGAAUGCUGGCCGUACGAUCGUCGUCGCUUCGACAGAAACUGACAAGAAGUCAGAUGGGAAGGUGCCUGACGUGGCUCCGUCCCAAGAAGGGGAUUCGGCCGUUCGUCAGCUGCUGGGAAUCCGUGGCGGCAACAAGGAAGAAGACAUCUGGAAGAUUCGUCUUCAGCUGACCAAGCCGGUCACAUGGGUGCCUCUCAUCUGGGGUGUGCUGUGCGGUGCUGCUGCCUCUGGAAAUUUCGAGUGGACCCUCAAGGACGUGUCUAUGGCUGUCGUUUGCAUGUUCCUCUCGGGACCCCUCCUCACCGGCUACACUCAGACCAUGAACGACUGGUACGACAGGGAGAUCGACGCCAUCAACGAGCCCAACCGGCCCAUCCCGUCUGGUGCCAUCUCCGAGUUCGAUGUUAUUGCUCAAAUCUGGAUUCUGCUGCUCGCUGCCAUGGGUGUGGCAUAUGGCCUCGAUGUCUGGGCGGGUCAUGACUUCCCCAUCCUCCUCGCUCUCUCCGCCGGUGGCUCGCUUAUCUCUUACAUCUACUCCGCUCCUCCUCUCAAGCUGAAGCAGAGUGGUUGGAUCGGCAACUAUGCCCUGGGCUCCAGCUACAUCUCCCUCCCCUGGUGGGCGGGCCAAGCUCUCUUUGGCACGCUUACUUUCGAUGUGGUGGUGCUAACCCUUCUUUACAGCAUUGCUGGGCUGGGCAUUGCCAUUGUGAAUGACUUCAAGAGCAUUGAGGGCGACCGCAAGAUGGGCCUGCAGUCCCUGCCAGUGGCGUUCGGAGUGGAUACCGCCAAGUGGAUCUGCGUGGCCAGCAUUGACGUCACACAGCUGUCUGUGGCAGGCUAUCUCCUCGCCACUGGGAAGACCACCUAUGGCCUUGUGCUGCUCGCCCUCAUUGCUCCCCAAAUCUUCUUCCAGUUCACGCUCUUCUUGCCCGACCCAAUGAAGAACGAUGUCAAGUACCAGGCUAGUGCACAGCCGUUCCUUGUCUUCGGCCUCCUCUGCACCGCUCUAGCGAUUGGCAACCAAUAAGCGGAUGCCGAGUAGACCAUAGUAGCAUUACAUGCACAGAACAUGUGGUUUCCCCUUGAACCCUCCUUCCCUUAACCUGUAACCAUAGCAUGCAUGCUCGUGCGCACAAAACCUUCUGUCUACUAGGCCUUCUAUGCAGCACACUGGUCGUUGGCAAGGCAAGUGAUAAGAACGGGGCACAAGGUGUCAGCCUCAGCCACUAACCACUGAGAUAAAAUGGCUUGCUAAUAGCGGAGUGUGCUCAUAGCCCCCAGGCUCUGCAUGUGUGGCCCUUCCCUGAAGGUCUUCUCAAGGGUAACCCCAGUGGGUCACUCUACACAAAGAUGUAUGCUGAUCUGUUUGCCCCUGCGAUUUUCCAUGCAA